UAAAAAGUAUGUCUAUUUUUACACCUAUGUAAACUGAAAAAAAUAUAUAAAAAGUAAAAGUUAACUAAUUUUUUAUCAAUGUUGUUAAAGUAACCAGUGAAAUAGUAAAUCAUGAUUUCGUUAAUAUUCAUAAAAUUGCUUCUAAUAUUUGUGUCGAGUACAAUUUCACAGCCAACACUGCAAUCGAAUUCGAAUAUAACUACAAGAGAUGUCGAGCUUUUGGAUCCAUCACAAAUUGCACAAAAAAUAAAUAAUAGUUUAAUAUAUUCAUUCGAUGCUUUAGGUCUUGCUGAUAACGUAUUUUUAAAAAUAUUUAUAAAUUACAAGACAAAGACAAUAGAAUUACAACAAUUGCUCAUAUAUAUUCAUCCGUAUUUUGAUUUAUAUUUUUCGAUCCGUUUAGAAAGAAAUGGUUCUUCUAUUUUUGAAUAUAAAUUCUUUGGUUCAUCACAAAAUGCUCAAAAGCUAAUUAAUGUUGUAGAGAAGUUUCAGUACAAUGAUAUAAUUCAUAUUUAUCAUGCCGAACCAUAUCGCUUAAUAUCAGUUUUCGAAGGAUUAAAUAAUAAAGAAGAAAAUAAUACUUUUCUUUUGUCAGAUACAGGUUUGAAGACCAUUAAAUAGAAUGGAACAGAAAUAAUUUUAGGUAUUCAUUUUCCUUGAUGAUAACGUAUUUUUAAAAAUCUUUGUAAAUUACAAGACUAUGACAAUAGAAUUACAACAAUUACUCAAUAUUAUUCAUCCUUAUUUUGAUUUAUACUUUUCGAUCAGUUUGAAACGAAAUGGUUCUUCUAAUUUUGAUUAUAAAUUCUUUGGUUCAUCACAAAAUGCUCAAAAGCUAAUUAAUGUGGUAGAGAAAUUUCAGUACAAUGAUAUAAUUCAUAUUUAUCAUACUGAACCAUAUCGCUUAAAAUUAAAUUUGAAAGGUUUCACAUCACGAAAUAAUAAUUUUCUACUUGCGGAUAAUGGUUUGCAGACCAUUAAUUAACUAAAAUCAUAAAUAAUUUAAAAUAUUCAUUUGAUGCGUUGUGUUCUUAUGUAUUUUUAAAAAUCUAAAUUGUUUCUAUUAAACAAUAUUAAUAAUAUAAUUGUUAAUUUAUGUUUUAUGUCUAUAUGUGAAAUUUAUAAUUUGCAAUAACAUUAAUGUCGAAAUAUCUGAUUGUUUAUUGUUAAUAAAAUUAAAUCAUUUUCAUCCAGUAUAA